AAUUUCUUCGUUUCCGCGUGACGAGCUUGGCAAGAUGCGGUCGACGUGGCACUGGGAAGAGCGGCGCGCGGCGCCCCGACGCGACGUCCCAGCCGACGUUCUCGGCCACCUUCAACGGGACGCAGCGUUCGCGUCGUGGCUUCGGGCCAAGCAACGCCUCCACGCGCCAGCGCGCGACGUCGACAAGCCCCGAGCCGACGCCGCUGAGAUCCAAGAAAACUUUCGGCAAUGGCUCAAGUCCAAGUCCAAGAAACAACCGCCCUGCCCCACAGACGCUGCGCCCAAGCCUCGGGUCGAGCCGCGUCAACAGACGCCAGCGACGGUGGCCGUGCGCACCCCACUGCCACCGCCGGCACCGACCAAGACUAAGGCGAAUCACCCGACACCGGCGCAAGUCGACAAGGCCUAUCGGGAGUGGCUCAAGCGCAAGAAGGAGGACAAACUGCGAUGUGCUGCUGCGCUGGACGCAGCCCAACGCGCCGAGACCGAGCGGGCACGUCUGCACCGCGACAAGUGGAGCCGGAAGCUCGUGGUGCUGGCGUACGGCAAGGAUGCGUGA